AUGCCUGAUGUUUGGUGUUUGGUAUUUGAUGUUGUUUGUAUUCGGGCCGUCGACAACGUGGACAACGUGGACAACAUGGACAACAUGGACAACAUGGACAACAUGGACAACAUGGGCAACAUGGACAACAUGGACAACAUGGACAACAUGGACAACAUGGGCAACAUGGACAACAUGGACAACAUGGGCAACAUGGACAACAUGGACAACAUGGACAACAUGGGCAACAUGGACAACAUGGACAACAUGGGCAACAUGGACAACAUGGACAACAUGGGCAACAUGGACAACAUGGACAACAUGGACAACAUGGACAACAUGGACAACGUGGAGUUCAUAAUUUAUUACAACUAG